AUGGCGGACAACGGCGGUGAAGAUCCUGUUAAUAACAACAAUAAUACAACGGUCUCUUCGGAGGGAACUAUUAUUAAGGUUACAGUCAAAACCCCGAAAGAUAAGGAAGAAAUCGCCAUCUCGGAAGAUGCCUCUGUCACUCAGGUUCGUUCAUUUUGUUAAUCCGUAGCUUGCUAGCGAGCGGUCACUAACGUUAGCUGCUAUGCUACUACUACUACUACAUUAUCAUCAUCAUCAUCAUCAUCAUCAUCAUCAUCAUGCCCCUGCCCACUUGCAUUGGUUAGCCUGUGACAGGCUGUGUGUGUAGUUAAGCAUGUAUCGAGCUAACAUUUCAGAAUUGGCCGGUGUAGCGAUAUUUAUAGCUAUUUACUUAGAAAACUAUUCUCAAACUUUCUUAUAAAACGACUCACAACUACUGUAGUCCUCCAUAUUGUUAGCUGCUUAGUUGUUUAUGUAGCCUAGCUAGCUAACUAGCUAACCGGCUUUCUAACUAAACAAAUGACAGCUGAUUCCCUGCACAGUCAAGGCAAUGUGUCGUGUGACUUCUGUAUGUUAGUCAUGGAAAAAAACAUGUUGUAAUCAGCUUUUAACUAAGUUAGUUAGCUAACUAGGUAAAUUGUUAGCUAACGUUGAAAUAAUUUUGUUAGGUAAAUGCUAGCUAUCUAGUUUCUUAGCUGUUUCUCCAUAAACUUCUUUGUGCUAGCCUAGGUAAUCUAUGAACAGUCUAUUCUUCUUCAGAAUGUAAGAAGAAUUCUCAUUGUUCUGAAUAUCAGUUACUGGACUGUGGAUUGCUGUUCAUGUGAAUCACCUCUUGCAUACUGAAGUCCCACUGUUACAUUCAAGCUGAUUUGUUAUGAAUCUGUCAGUUAAUGCCACUUAUGUAAGUCGCUCUGGAUAAGAGCGUCUGCUAAAUGACGUAAAUGUAUCUUCCUGUCCUGUCACUCCAGUCCUGAUUGAUACCCUGAACAGCUAAAUUGCAGACAGCUUAUUUUACUCCUGUUUAAUGUGGCUCUCAUAUGUGUAGUGUUCUUGUAGUUAGUUGUAGACUGUUACUGGAGGUACAACACCAAGAGUGAUUUGGUAUUUGUAAUCAGGUAGUAUGAUUCCUAUAAUAGGAUAAGCAAUGAGGAUUUACCCAGAGAUAAGCAAUGAGGAUUUACCCAGAAACAAGGCUUUAGAAUUAAAAUCAGUUAAUUGAGAUAAUUGUUUGUCUACAUCUCUUUGUUUCUUUUCCUUGAUUUCUCACUUUCUUCUGCCCCCUCUUUCUCUUGCUCUCCAUCCCCCCUCUCUCUAUCUUUCUCUUUUCCCAGUUUAAGGAGGAGAUCUCGCGGAGGUUCAAAGCCAAGCAGGAUCAGUUGGUUCUGAUCUUUGCAGGGAAGAUCUUGAAGGACGGGGACUCGCUCAACCAGCACGGCAUCAAGGACGGCCUGACAGUCCACCUGGUCAUAAAGACGGCACACAAGUAAGAUGAUGCAACUUCUCAGAGCAAAACUGAUAUUUUGUGUUUUAGUAGGAUACUGUCGUCUUUACAUUUACAUUUACAUUUUAGUCAUUUAGCAGACGCUCUUAACCAGAGCGACUUACAGGAGCAAUUAGGGUUAAGUGCCUUGCUCAAGGGCACAUUAACGUCAUUUAGCAGACGCUCUUAGCCAGAGCGACUCACAAAUUGGUGCGUUCACCCUAUAGCCAGUGGGAUAACCACUUUACAAUUUGGGGGGGGGGGGGGGGGGGGGUUAGAAGGAAUACUUUAUCCUAUCCCAGGUAUUCCUUAAAGAGGUGGGGUUUCAAAUGUCUCCGGAAGGUGGUGAGUGACUCCGCUGUCCUGGCGUCGUGAGGGAGCUUGUUCCACCAUUGGGGUGCCAGAGCAGCGAACAGUUUUGACUGGGCUGAGCGGGAGCUAUGCUUCCGCAGAGGAAGGGGAGCCAGCAGGCCAGAGGUGGAUGAACGCAAUGUCCUCGUUUGGGUGUAGGGACUGAUCAGAGCCUGAAGGUACAGAGGUGCCGUUCCCCUCACUGCUCCAUAGGCAAGCACCAUGGUCUUGUAGCGGAUGCGAGCUUCAACUGGAAGCCAGUGGAGUGUGCGGAGGAGGGGGGUGACGUGAGAGAACUUGGGAAGGUUGAACACCAGACUGGCUGCGGCAUUCUGGAUGAGUUGUAGGGGUUUAAUGGCACAGGCAGGGAGCCCAGCCAACAGCGAGUUGCAGUAGUCCAGACGGGAGAUGACAAGUGCCUGGACCAGGACCUGCGCCGCUUCCUGUGUAAGGCAGGGUCGCACUCUCCGAAUGUUGUAGAGCAUGAACCUGCAGGAGCGGGUCACCGCCUUGAUGUUGGCGGAGAACGACAGGGUGUUGUCCAGGGUCACGCCUAGGCUCUUCGCACUCUGGGAGGAGGACACAGCGGAGUUGUCAACCGUGAUGGCGAGAUCAUGGAACGGGCAGUCCUUCCCCGGGAGGAAGAGCAGCUCCGUCUUGCCAGGGUUCAGUCUUCUUCGGACAUUUGGCAGAAAAGGAAAAUUGGAAAAGGAAUUGCUUGAUCAACUUUUGAAUAGGUGAAUAGGCUAUAUGUAGUGGCAUUAAGAUUGACUCGGGCCAUAUAUGCUUACUUACUCCACAGCUUGAAGUGAAUAGCUUUCGGUGAUGCAGCUGGUUAGUACGUAUUAAAGCGGGCGGUCAUGUGGGUUUGCAGCAGAGUAUUACUAGUUUGAGCCGACAGCUCUAUAACUGACAUUUCUAUGUGAAUUUGGUCGGGUCGCCCAAAAAGUUACAUAUUGUAGCUUUAAUGUGAAUAUGUAAACUUAACUGAUCAAUGCAUUGUCCCUCCAGGGCAGGAGAUGGCGCUAGUUUCUCCACCUCCGGCACCACCCAGGUGGGCAGCAGUAGUGGCAGCUCCUCCGGCCCCAGUUCUGCAGCCCACUCCUCCACAGUAGGGUCCACUGGAGGCCCUGCCUCGGCACCCCCACAGACCCCCAACAUACUGAGUGAGUUUACUAAGCUAAAUACAAACACACUUCUAAUCUAAUAUAUCCACCCCCUCACACACACACCCAAAGGUUUAUAGAGAAAAAGACAAUCAACAACAAUUUCCCAAGAUCAUUACUAUCACCAUCACGCCUCCUGACCAUGGCCCCUCUCCCUCCCUCCUAGCCGGGUUCGGUGACCUGUCCAGCCUGAGCAGCAUGGGCAUGGGCUCAGCUAACUUCAUGGAGCUGCAGCAGCAGAUGCAGAGCCAGCUGAUGUCCAACCCGGAAAUGCUGUCCCAGAUCAUGGAGAACCCCCUGGUGCAGAACAUGAUGUCCAACCCAGACCUGAUGAGGCAGAUGAUCGUGGCCAACCCACAGAUGCAGCAGCUGAUGGAGCGCAACCCAGAGAUCUCCCACAUGCUCAACAACCCUGAGCUUAUGAGACAGGUGAGGGGGUUUGGCUGGAGUGUACUGUGUCACUGACAGGUUGGGAUUGGCUGCAGUGUACUUUGUCACUGACAGGUUGGGAUUGGCUGGAGUGUACUUUGUCACUUACAGGUUGGGAUUGGGAGGUACGUGUCACUGACAGGUUGGGAUUGGCUGGAGUGUACGGGUCACUGACAGAUUGGGAUUGGCUGGAGUGUACUGUGUCACUGACAGGUUGGGAUUGGCUGGAGUGUACUGUGUCACUGACAGGUUGGGAUUGGCUGGAGUGUACUGUGUCACUGACAGGUAGGGAUUGGCUGGAGUGUACUCUGUCACUGACAGGUUGGGAUUGGCUGGAGUGUACUGUGUCACUGACACGUUGGGAUUGGCUGGAGUGUACUGUGUCACUGACAGGUAGGGAUUGGCUGGAGUGUACUCUGUCACUGACAGUUGGGAUUGGCUGGAGUGUACUGUGUCACUGACAGGUAGGGAUUGGCUGGAGUGUACUCUGUCACUGACAGGUUGGGAUUGGCUGGAGUGUACUGUGUCACUGACACGUUGGGAUUGGCUGGAGUGUACUCUGUCACUGACAGGUUGGGAUUGGCUGGAGUGUACUGUGUCACUGACAGUUUGGGAUUGGCUGGAGUGUACUGUGUCACUGACACGUUGGGAUUGGCUGGAGUGUACUCUGUCACUGACAGGUUGGGAUUGGCUGGAGUGUACUGUGUCACUGACAGUUUGGGAUUGGCUGGAGUGUACUGUGUCACUGACAGUUUGGGAUUGGCUGGAGUGUACUGUGUCACUGACACGUUGGGAUUGGCUGGAGUGUACUGUGUCACUGACACGUUGGGAUUGGCUGGAGUGUACACAGAAGUUAGGCUUGGCUAAUAAUGUAGCAGCUGCUGUUUUUUUCAUCAUAAUUUUUUACUGUGGGAAGUCGACUGCUUUGAGAGGCUGAUCUUUACAUUUAGCUGCGUUCGAAGUUAUAUAAAGAAAUAGGUCUUAGGGGAAGUUUCUCAGACAUAGAUUAAGCUUAGUCAUGGACUAAAAAUCAAGCUCAAUGGAGAAUCUUAUGUGUCUGGGGAAACCUCCCUAUAAUGUUUGGAUCUAACCCCUACCCCUCUUGAGUCCCUGUACCCCAGAACCCAGCCUAGCUGAGACUCUCCUGUCAACCCCUUCCUGUUCCCUUCUACUCAGACCAUGGAGCUGGCCAGGAACCCUGCCAUGAUGCAGGAGAUGAUGCGUAACCAGGACCGGGCGCUUAGCAACCUGGAGAGCAUCCCGGGGGGCUACAACGCCCUGCGCAGGAUGUACACAGACAUCCAGGAACCCAUGUUCAGCGCAGCACGAGACCAGGUACCCACUGAGGACAAUUCAUUUCAAUCAAUUGACAUCAAUGCACGACUAAGUUAAAAUUUGAAUUAAGUGAAAUUAAGGAUUCACCCAUUUAGGUUUUUCAGCCUCAGAAACUAACUCUAAGCUAUCCAAUGGAGAGUGCUGAAUAGAAACUCCAUUGGUAUUCAACAGGUUGAUAAUGACUUCUCUCUCUCCCAGUUUGGAAACAACCCUUUCUCAGCCUUGGGGGGCAACUCUGACGGGGGGGUGCAGCCGUCGAGGACAGAGAACCGGGAGCCACUGCCCAACCCCUGGGGCCCUCCCAGCUCCACCAACCCCUCUGAGGGUGGAGGGGGAACGGGCACCACAGGCUCUACCACUGGCAGCACCACCCCCAGUGUGUCCAACCCUCUGGGCGUCAACUCUGCCAGUCUGGGAAACGGUACGGGAAUACAUAGACUAACUUCCUGUUGAAGUGACAGCAUUCAGUAGAUAUACUGCAGCUUCACAUACUGUAAUAUCACAUGUGGACGUGAAUUCCUAAAUACAUACGUAUAGAUCCAUGACACCCAGACAUACAGUGCAUUCUGAAAGUAUUCAGACCCCUUGACUUUUUCCACAUUUUGUUACGUUCUAAAUGGAUUCAAUUAUUCUAAAAUGGAUUAAAUUGUUUUUUCCCCCUCAUCAAUCUAGACACAAUACCCCAUAAUGACAAAGCAAAAACAGGUUUGUAGACAUUUUUGCAGAAUUAUUCAAUUUAAAAAACUGAUAUCAGAUUUACAUACAGUGGGGGAAAAAAGUAUUUAGUCAGCCACCAAUUGUGCAAGUUCUCCCACUUAAAAAUAUGAGAGAGGCCUGUAAUUUUCAUCAUAGGUACAUGUCAACUAUGACAGACAAAUUGAAACUUUUGUUAUUGACCAAAUACUUAUUUUCCACCAUAAUUUGCAAAUAAAUUCAUAAAAAAUCCUACAAUGUGAUUUUCUGGAUUUUUUUUCCUCAUUUUGUCUGUCAUAGUUGACGUGUACCUAUGAUGAAAAUUACAGGCCUCUCUCAUCUUUUUAAGUGGGAGAACUUGCACAAUUGGUGGCUGACUAAAUACUUUUUUUCCCCACUGUAAGUAUUCAGACCCUUUACUCAGUACUUUGUUGAAUCACCUUUGGCAGCGAUUACAGCUUCGAGUCUUCUUGGUAUGACGCUACAAGAUUGGCACACCUGUAUUUGGGGAGUUUCUCCCAUUCUUCUCUGCAGAUCCUCUCAAGCUCUAUCAGGUUGGAUGGGGAGCGUCGCUGCACAGCUAUUUUCAGGUCUCCAGAGAUGUUAGAUCGGAUUCAAGUCCGGGCUCUGGCUGGGCCACUCAAGGACAUUGAGUCUUGUCCCGAAGCCACUCCUGCGUUGUCUUGGCUGUGUGCUUAGGGUUGUUGUACUGUUGGAAGGUGAACCUUCGCCCCAUUCUGAGGUCCUGAGCACUCUGGAGCAGGUUUUCAUGAAGGAUCUCUCUGUACUUUGCUCCGUUCAUCAUUCCGUCGAUACUGACUAGUCUCCCAGUCACUGCCGCUGAAAAACAUCCCCACAGCAUGAUGCUGCCACCACCAUGCUUCACCAUAGGGAUGGUGCCAGGUUUCCUCCAGAUGUGACGCUUGGCAUUCUGGCCAAAGAGUUCAAUCUUGGUUUCAUCAGACCAGAGAAUCUUGUUUCUCAUGGUCUGAGAGUCCUUUAGGUGCCUUUUAGCAAACUCCAAGCGGGCUGUCAUUUGCCUUUUACUGAGGAGUGGCUUCCGUCUGGCCACUCUACCAUAAAGGCCUGAUUGGUGAAGUGCUGCAGAGAUGGUUGUCAUUCUGGAAGGUUCUCCCAUCUCCACAGAGGAACUCUGGAGCUCUGUCAAAGUGAACAUCGGGUUCUUGGUCACCUCCCUGACCAAGACCCUUCUCCCCUGAUUGCUCAGUUUGGCCGGCGGCCAGCUCUAGGAAGAGUCUUGGUGGUUCCAAACUUCUUCCAUUUAAGAAUGAUGGAGGCCACUGUGUUCUUGGAGACCGUCAAUGCUGCAGAACUUAUAUAUACAGGUGUGUGCCUUUCCAAAUCAUGUCCAAUCAAUUUAAUUUACCACAGGUGGACUCCAAUCAAGUUGUAGAAACAUCUCAAGGAUGAUCAAUGGAAACAGGAUGCACCUCAGCUCAAUUUUGAGUCUCAUAGCGAAGGGUCUGAAUACUUAUGUAAAUAUGGUAUUUCUGUUUUUUUAUUUGAAUACAUUUGCUAAAAUUUCUAAACUUGUUUUCACUUUGUCAUUAUGGGGUAUUGUGUAUAGAUUGAUUAGCAUAUAUAUAUAUUUUUUUAAAUCAAUUUUAGAAUAAGGCUGUAACGUAACAAAAUGUGGAGAACGUCAAGGGGUCUGAAUACUUUCCGAAUUCAAUGUAUGUCAAGCUGGGGAUUGUAAUCAUACGCACACACAAACACACACACACAACGGCACCUACCCACCCACCAUCAACCUCCCUCUGUGUGUGUCCCAGGCAUGUUCAGCAGUCCGGGCAUGCAGAGUCUGAUGCAGCAGAUCUCAGAGAACCCCCAGCUGAUGCAGAACAUGCUGUCUGCUCCCUACAUGCGCAGUAUGAUGCAGUCUCUUGCCCAGAACCCAGACAUGGCCUCCCAGGUCUGUAGCAGCAGAGUAGUGGGAGUUAUCAUGGUUCAUAAAGUAACUUUAUGCGUCUCAAAUGGCACCCUAUUUCCUUUAUAGUGCACUACUACACAUAAGGGCCCUGGUCAAAAGUAGUGCACUUUAAAGGGAAUAGGGUGACAUUUGGGCCACAAAAAAUCUGAACGCAGGGGGAUCCACUGGAAUGGGUUGUUGGUAAUUUAUUGUAAUGAGAGCAAUAUUGCAGAUCUGGGCCCAUAUUCACGAAGCGUCUCAGAGUAGGAAUGCUAAUCUAGGAUCAGGUCCUCCCCGUCCAUAUAAUUGUAUUCAUUGUGAUCUAAAAGGCAACACUGAUCCUGGAUCAUCGCUAAGGCACUUUAUCAACACAGUCCCAGAGCCAAGCUGGACUCCUUGGCAGCUGUACAUAACAGAUCCAGCUGGCAGUGCUUUACCUCUAGGUAUCUAGAACAGAUCCAGCUGGCAGUGCUUUACCUCUAGGUAUCUUGAACAGAUCCAGCUGGCAGUGCUUUACCACUAGGUAUCUAGAACAGGUCCAGCUGGCAGUGCUUUACCUGUAGGUAUCUAGAACAGCUCCAGCUGGCAGUGCUUUACCUGUAGGUAUCUAGAACAGGUCCAGCUGGCAGUGCUUUAGCUGUAGGUAUCUAGAACAGGUCCAGCUGGCAGUGCUUUCCUGUAGGUAUCUAGAACAGGUCCAGCUGGCAGUGCUUUACCUGUAGGUAUCUAGAACAGGUCCAGCUGGCAGUGCUUUAGCUGUAGGUAUCUAGAACAGGUCCAGCUGGCAGUGCUUUCCUGUAGGUAUCUAGAACAGGUCCAGCUGGCAGUGCUUUACCUGUAGGUAUCUAGAACAGGUCCAGCUGGCAGUGCUUUACCUCUCGGGACUGUAUCUCCAUGUAGAUAGACAGAUGUGAGGAAGAUGGUGAGCAACCUCUCCACUGGGGAACAGCAGGCUAGGCUGCAGCUGGUCUUCUGUCUCUCUCUCUCACCUUCUGUCCCCCCCCCCCCCCCCCCUUCCCCUCCAGGUGUUGAUGAAUAACCCCCUGUUUGCUGGAAACCCCCAGCUGCAGGAACAGUUCAGGAGCCAGCUGCCUGUCUUCCUGCAGCAGGUACAAACACACUAACAGACACAUUUAUAUCUGAGAGAGAGCUGAACCUGUCUCAAGGACCUGAAUGAAUCGAUUGAGUCUGGACUGGAUGGGCCCUAAACAGAUGAUUGUUUCAGAAUGUUAAUUGAUUCAUUGUUAGUUUGAUUGUGACUGAUGUUGUUGUUGUUGUUGUUGUUUAGAUGCAGAACCCAGAGGCUCUCUCUGUGAUGACCAACCCCCGGGCCAUGCAGGCUCUCCUUCAGAUACAACAGGGCCUACAGACGCUGCAGACAGAGGCACCGGGACUCAUGCCCAGGUACACACACACACACACACACACUGAUGCACACACACACACCACAGAAGGUUAGUGGCACCUUAAUUGGGGAGAUUUGGCUCAUGGUAAUGGCUGGAGCGGAAUAAGUGGAAUGGUAUCAAAUACAACAAACGCUCUGUUCCAGCCAUUAUUGUGAGCCGUCCUCCCCUCAGCAGCCUCCACUGACACACAUACACACUGACACACACACACAAACAAAAACGCGUGCACACACAGGACCUGGAGAAAGUGAUGACAUUAGUUGUUUUUGGAGAUCUUUGGGUAGUAGCCUACAUCCUCUGUUAGGCAAUAUGUUCUCCCUGUCUGUACUAACCCCUUUGUGUCUCCCAGUUUGGCACCAGGCGGUCUACCAGGUGGGCUGCCAGGCGGUCUACCAGGUGGGCUGCCAGGCGGUCUACCAGGUGGGCUGCCAGGCGGUCUACCAGGUGGGCUGCCAGGUGGGCUGCCAGGCGGUCUACCAGGUGGGCUGCCAGGUGGGCUGCCAGGCGGUCUACCAGGUGGAAUACCCACAACCUCCCUGUCCAUAGGAGGUGUGGCUCCAGAGAACCCUGCCUCUUCGCCGAGCGCCGGGACAAACCCCGCCCAGCAGCUGAUGAUGCAGCAGAUGCUCCAAAUGUUCGCAGGAGGGAAUGCCUCGGUACGUACCACACACACCUGUCUUCCCUCGUUCUGUUUUACUGUUUGAUUGUACUGAUUGAUUGAUUAGUUAAUGGUUGGUUGACUGAUUUGAUUGAGUGACUGUCUGACUGAUUGUGACUGGUCCCCCUACAGAGCCAGAGCCCGGAGGUGCAGUUCCAGCAGCAGCUGGAGCAGCUGA